GCUGAGAGAGAGAGAGAGAAGAAGGAGGAAGGUCGACUAUCUUCAUAUUUAACCCAUUUUUACGCCUCCCCACGGCCCCCUUGCCCCAUUUCUGCCCCCGUCCCCUUCCUACACCCCAGAGAUGGAGGAGCAAGUGAUCUUAAUAGUGAAGGCGGCCAACCAGACUUCACCUGACCAGCGCGUGGAGUGUGAGGGGAGCUGGACAGUGGGCAACCUCAAGACACACCUCAGCCACACACAUCCUGUCCAUCCUAAAACGGAGGAGCAGCGUCUUAUCUACUCCGGCCAGCUGUUGUCGGAUCACCACCAGCUGUACAACAUUCUGAGGCGUCCCUCGGAAGACAACACGUACACCAUCCACUUGGUCUGCUCCCCGCCCCCCCAACCACCCCCACGCACCUCACGACCCGUCCACCAGGCAUCCCCGCCCCCCACCAGGACAGCAGCCACCUCAGAGGGCCAAGAAGGGGCUGCUGUGGCCAUGAACGGUGGGCAGCAGGAUACAACAGAUGGUAUACGCCGCCGCCAUCCCACCACGUCAAACCCCCAGACUCUGGAUGCCCCGGGGCCGCCUCCCCCUGCCCCAAGCCCGCCCCUGGCCCCUCAUGCCAUCUUGCAGCCCAGUGCCGACCCUAUGCACCAAGUGGCCGCUAUGCAACAAAUAUACGCACACUAUAUGGCUUAUGUGCAGUACAUGCAGAUGGGGGGUGGUGUGGGGGGUCUACCCUGGCCACAGCAAAUGAUUCAGAUUCCACCCCCGCCGAACCCCGCCACUGCCACCACCGCUGCUGCCACUGCACCCCCAGAGCCCCCCGAGCAGCCCCAGCCUGACCCCACCCAGCCUGCCGACCCGCCCCCCCAGGCCCCGCCACAGCAGCCCAUCAGAAUGAAUGCACAAGGUGGCGAGGUGGAGGAUGACGAGGAGGAGGAAGGGGCUGCCCGUGAUUGGUUGGACUGGAUCUACGUGUUGUCUCGAAUGGUCGUUCUUCUCUCCAUUGUUUACUUCUACUCCACGCUGUCCAGAUUCAUGAUUGUUAUCUUCAUCACCAUGCUGCUUUACUUGUACCAAGCUGGCUGGUUCCGACCCACAAGGCGAGUGGAUGGCCUGCCCCCCCACCCCAACCCUGCAAACAACAACAACAAUAACAACAACAACAACAACAAUGAGGCCGCCCACAUGCAGGAGGAGGAGGAGGAGGAGGAGGAAGACGAGGAAGAAGAGGAGGAGGAGGAGGAGGAGGUUGAGAUAGGGAGGAGAGAGGGAGUAAUGGGGAGUGAUGGCAUGGCAAUGGUUAUCCGCCCGUCUCUUCUCUCUCUCUCUUGGACUUUCAUCACUUCCUUCUUCACUUCCCUCAUUCCUGAGCAGCCACAGGGGUGUAAGAGAGAGAGAGAGAGAGAGAGAGAGAGAGAGAGAGAGAGAGAGAGAGAGAGAGAGAGAAUGUGUGUGUAUGUAAGUAAGAGAAUUAUGUGCGUUUGUGUGUGUUUAGAGCUUUGAGUGUUACUAUGAGAGAGAGAGAGAGAGAGAGAGAGAGAGAGAGAGAGAGAUUGAACAGAAGAUUAAGUAAAUAUGGAAGUGAAAAGCAAUAAUGAAAAUGUGUGUGUGUGUGUGUGUGUGUGUGUGAAGGAAACUUGGAGAAUUAUGUUAUUUUUUUACUUAGAGAGGGAGAGAGAGAGGGAGAGGGAGACGGAGACUUAAUAUUAUAUGAAAUGAAAUAGGUAUAUAAAAAAGAAAUUAAGAAAAUAAGGGUAGAAAUAUCAGUAAGAGGUUGCCAUUGUGUGUGUGUGUGUGUGUGUGUGUGUGUGUGUGUGUGUGUGUGUGUGUGUGUACAUAUGUAUGUAUUUGGGUCAGUAAUAGUUAUACAUUAAAAAAAAUAUGGAUUUAUGUAAUUAUAGAUGUGGAAAAAAGUUAUUACUAUUAUUACUAUUACUACUACUACUACUACUACUAUUGUUUGUUCGUUUGUUUGUACGUUUGACACUUCACUCACUCGUAUGUCAAUGAAUGAUAUAAUUUAUUUGUAUUUAUCUGUAUUUGUACAUAGUUACUGUGUGUGUGUGUGUGUGUGUGUGUGUGUGUGUGUGUGUGUGUGUGUGUGUGUUAUCCUCACUGUGAU